CACUGGUGACGCUUUCAUCUAAUUGUUGCGAAGAUUUCCAGACCGCGUUGCAGAAAGCUUAUUAUUUAUAUGUUCUCGUACGGAGAAGCGACGCCCGCACCGGUCUGCGCUCUCCAUCAUUCUGGCGUUCAGUCACACGCAAACCCAGCGAGCGGGCGGACGUGUUCAACUAAAUUGCAAAAAAAGUUCGGUAAAAAAAAUGGUAUACGAUCAAAUGUGAAGUUUUGACUACUUCGCCUUAAGAAGAAGUCUCAAACGUUUCGAGUGUUACAAUGAAUGAUUCAGUGGGAGUAUCGAAUGACACUUGGCAGUGGUAUAAGGAAGUGAUAAGAUCAUGGCUGGAGGACCCGGGCGUGGAGGAGUUCGAGGGUCUGAACCUGACGGCCCUGAAGAUGGACCAGGCCUACAUGACCGGGGUGUCCGAGACUAGUGUCGGGGUGUACAGCGUCUCUGAUGACUGUUUUCGGUGUCCAUUGGAGCUGCAGGCGACCAUAGCCCCGGGUGCUGAGGAGUCGUGGGUGGUCAGCACGGCGCGCCGCUCCACCUGGAGGGUGUAUGCAGAUGUCAACGAUCAGUACAUUAACGCUGGGAAUACUAGCCGCCUACUCUGCCAGCUCACUCCUGACAUGGGGCAGUUCGGUGUGUACAAGCUGAACGCCAGCACUGCAGGCUGCGAAGUCCACACCCUCAAGGAACCCGUCGACAUUUAUAUGCCUCUGCUCCUAAUGCUGGGCGUGCUGCUAGCGGUGUGGGUGCUGUACGGCAUCAUAAAGCUGAUCAUGUCCAGAGUGAGGAGGACUGGCAAGCUGCGGUACGGAGACAAGGAACUGGCCAUACAACAGAGACUGCGAGCACUUGACACCUUCAGAGGGAUGGCAAUAGUAUUCAUGAUCUUCGUAAACGACGGCGCCGGCGGCUACUGGUGGCUGGAGCACGCGACGUGGAACGGGCUGGUGGCAGGCGACCUGGUGUUCCCUGCCUUCCUUUGGAUCAUGGGCGUCUGCAUACCACUGUCCGUCAAGAGUGCCUUCGCUAAAGGAGUGCCGCGGUGGAAGAUUGUCAUUCAUAUCGUUAGGCGAUCCCUACUAAUGUUCUUACUGGGCAUGUCGCUGAACACCAUCUACGGGUCCAACAUGUUGUUCGAGCUCCGCAUCUUCGGCGUACUCCAGCGCUUGGCGGUCGCGUAUCUCAUCUCCGCCGGGUUCUACGCUCUGACCGCGCCGAAGUACUACACGCCUCCUCGGGUGAGUGGUGCUUGUGGCCAGGCCCUCAAGGACGUGCUCUCCUGCGUGUGGUGCUGGGUGCUGGCCGGCGUGCUUGUGGCUGCCCACAGCGUUAUCACGUUCACUCUUCACCAUCCAGAUUGUCCCGCUGGAUACCUUGGACCUGGUGGCAAGCACGACGAGUGGGUCGCCCCGGAGUGUAGCGGCGGCGCCGCGGGCUACCUCGACAGACUGCUGCUCGGAGACUCACAUCUGUACCAGAACAGUGACGCGCGCAGAGUGUACGGAGGACCUCCUACUGACCCUGAAGGAUUACUAGGCUGCCUCACAUCAGCGGUACAGGCUCUGCUUGGUGUCCAAGCUGGCGCCACCGUCCUCCUGCAGCGCUCACACAAAGCCCGCAUCUCUCGCUGGUUAGCCUGGGCGCUGGUCUUCGCUUUAGCCGGCGCACUACUAGCCGGCUUCUCUCGGGAACUUGGAGUUGUACCGAUUAAUAAAAACCUUUGGUCAAUGUCUUUCGUGCUAGUGACAUCAGCAUGCUGCCUCAUAUUGCUGUGCUUCUGCUACACGCUGACGGACGCGUGGCGGCUGUGGGGCGGCGGGCCAUUCCGCGCUCCGGGCCUCAACGCCAUAGCCCUGUACAUCGGCCAUUCAGUCUGCGCCCACCUCUUCCCCUUCCAUUGGAGGAUCCCCCACAUGAGAACCCAUGCUCUAAGCCUCGUCGAAGCAGUUUGGGGAACCAUGCUCUGGGUCGUCAUCGCUCAUAUCAUGGCCAAAAAGAAAGUCUUUAUCACUCUUUGAGCUCCCUCAAAGCAUUGCCGUUGGAAUUGAAUUUAUUGUAAUUUUACAAAUGUUUAAUUUAGUUUCAUGUUUCGUAAAGUUUUUAUAAUUAUUGAUUUAUAUUAACUUUGCAGUCUAUUGAAUGAAUAGUGGUUUUAGAGAAUGAUUACAUUCAUUUAGAUAAAUAUUGCUGUAAAAAUAGAUCCUAAAAUUAUAUCGCAUUUAAUCAUAUCAGUAAAUUAUAUUUACUGUUUCAUAAUUUUAAAGCAAGUUUAUGCAAUGCAAUAUAACUAUAUAAUACCUGUCAUAUAAAAUAGCUUUUUAAUGUUAAAUAAUACAUGAAUUAUGAUUUGAGAUUUCUUCUUUGUAUCUAUGUAGUGUAAAGUACUAUUGUUAUUACAUUAUUUAGUAAUAAUUUACUUAUAUUUUAGUUAAUAAGAUUUAUUUUAAGUGUAGAUAUUAAAACGAAGACUGAGCGAUAGUAAAACCUUAGGUGCUCCAUUUGUUCUCAAUAAUCUUUUGGUUUUGACAUGUAUUGUACUAUUUCUAUAAAAUCUAGUCUUUAAUACUUGAAGUUGUCUACUAAUUUGUAUAUGAAGGUGACUAUAAGCUUUUAAGAGAAAUAAAACAUAUUAAAAA